AUGACCUUCACCAUGAGAGAGAUGCUCUUCUUUCAGCGCUUCUUGUUACAACCCCAUGCACUACCAAUAGGAAACCGCAGCGUGUGGCUGAACGAGCUCCCCCAAAUGGCUCACCAGCAAAACUUCCUGAUGCACGCAAUGCUGGCUCUGGGCGCCUCUGAUCUUCUCCGAGCCAAUCCAGGUGCAAAAAUCAAGUAUGAGAUGCUUCACCAUCGUGGCAAAGCUAUUGCUGGUCUCAAGGAGGCUAUCAACAACCCUGAUGCCUGGAACGAGCAAGGUCAUGCCGAUGCUGUGCUAGCCACUGCUUACAGCCUUGCCUUCCAGUCUUCACAUCUUCCUGAUGCGCAGGAUGAAUUUGGGGUUUUCGUGCAAGGCUGCGCUCUAGCCACGGAAAGGAUUCGGCGCACCAAGCUGCAGACAACGUUGAACGUCAAACCCGAGUGGCCGCAGAGGAAACUCGAAGCCGCCCUCGAGCAUUUGCGAGACCAGAAAAUUGAUGUCCCGCUAAUCCAUCGUGCUCUAGCUGGAAUUGAUCAAGUAUUGAGUCUGACUGCAAGUCCCUUUUGCCACGCUUUCGGCAGAGCCAUGCAGCAGACGAUGGCUGCUUUCCGAGAAUCCGCUGCGAAAGGCUUCCUGCUCUCCUCUUUAAGCUACAACCAAUGGUAUGAUCUAUCGUCUGGGUUGCUGACUGCACUACAAGAUACUUCCGAUCCAGCACCGGUGCUGCUCGGGGCUUACUUUGUCGGGGAUCUCGCCAUGUGCAAAGCCGUCAUUCCCCUACAUCUGUAUCCAGACACGCCUCGUUCGGAACUACCAGUCAGGACGUUGAGACAGAUGUCGGAGUGGGUGGAUGCCAUUCAGCAGACGGUCGCCGAGUCCUCGCAGCACCAUCUAACUUGGCCUCACGAAAUGAUGGCAAGACUGGAGGGUUUGUUGCAGGGACUCGACUACACCGAAGCUGCUUCCAUCAAAUUGGAAGAUAAGAUUUCAAUUGUGCGCAGUCUCGACUCACGCGCUCACAUGCUGAUUGGAGACCUCAUCAGUCUUGGUUCAGAAUUAACGGCUUGGUCCGAGGCGUUCAUUGAUACGAUCUAUCAUAGACAUUUGGGGACCGUUCCCAAGAGACAAGGUCUUCCUCCUCGAUUCUUUGGUAGCACCGGUAAGGGUCCAACGCCUCCGGCUUCGCACUCGAGCAGGAGCCCUCCCGAGAAUGCUGGUGGCAUGUAA